AUGGCUUCCUCACGCCCCGAGAACAAUCUUCCCAAGCUCUCAAGAUUCAUCACCGCCCACGAUGCACAGGGCAAAGCGAUCUUUCACCAGGGCCAUUCCGAACAAAUGCCAAUUCAACUACUAGAUAACGGCGGCGAUUAUACCUUCAGUCUCGCGUACGCAACAAAUCGCUUCCCCGCGCAGAUGCAAAACGACGAGGACGUUGACGUUUACUCGAAAUUACUUUCCAAUCCUCCCGGCUUGGUUAGCCCUACUGGAACAGUAUGCCGGAUCGUUGAUUUCGCUCCACAUAUUCGCUGUGCGAUGCACCGAACUGUUUCUCUUGACUAUGGGGUUGUUCUUGAGGGUGAAGUUGAAUUGAUCUUGGAUAGUGGGGAGACUCGCGUUAUGAAGAGGGGGGAUGUGGCUGUGCAGCGUGGUACUAACCAUGCAUGGAAGAAUGUCACACCGGAUGCUGAGGGCCAGGGGUCUUGGGCGAGGAUGCUCUAUUUCCUAUCGCCGGCUGAGCCGUUGGAGUUGGAGGGAGUUGGGGCUUUGGGAGAGGUGACUGUGGGGAUUGAUGUUAAAGCAAGUUAA